AUGGCUUCAAUCAUAGAGAAAGCUCCGCCUUUUACGAUUCAAUUGGUUGGCCCGACCGUCGAAGAGUUUAACAGGGAUACGCAAGACGCAGCACAACUGGCGAGAAUCUUGCCAGCAACCGCUCGCUCUGGGAGAGACGAGAUCUUCGGCCCUACCAGCGACUUACAAGAAUUCUUGCAGCAAGAGCUUUUCGUGAGAAAGAUUAAUGCUGUUCAAGAUUGGUUGUGGGCCUGCGGCCGACCUAUGCCUCCUCGGCCCUUGCAUCACCAACGAGUGCUCUCCCGAGACAUCAUUGUUACAGAGAACCCGGAACUGCAUCUCAUAUGGGGUCCUCAAGGAAUUCACUUGAAACCACUGCCGGAAUAUCUGCUAGAUUCCUAUUUUUGGAAACAACACAUUCUGUCAAAUGCGAAUCAAGAACACACUGAGCUGGAGCAAUGUGCUCGGGGAUUUUUAUUCUCGUACUGUGCUCUCAUCGGACACUAUAGCGAUUUUCGCAUCGCACGCGAGAACGGACUAUUACCAGAUGCCGUGACUUGGGAGUACUGGAAGAUCCUUUCGAGUCAAAUCUUGCAGCAGCAUCGCUAUUCUACAGUCAACCCCAGGUACUGGUACGGCGAACUCCGGUUAGGGCGCUUGAACAAGAUAUACCGGUUUCGAAAAGGUCAUUUAUUGAGAGGAUACUCUAGGAUAUCUGGUUACGCCAUUUACGGAGACUUGAUUCGCGACAACUUUGCGUCACUAAUUACCGUGCUUGGUUAUGUGGUUAUCGUCUUAACAGCAAUGCAAGUCGGCCUGGCCACGGACAAAUUGGUUUCCAACAGUGCCUUCCAAGCCGCUAGUUACGGUCUUACUAUAUUCUCCAUCAUUGCGCCGCUAAUUUCUGCUGUCGCUAUUUUAUUUUUUGUUUCCAUUUGGGUAAUCAGCAAUUGGCGCGCUACUAAGAACUUUGAGAAACGGAGAUUCGUGGAAAUGGGAGUAGAGCCGUUUUGGCGGGAUAAGUACUGAUGAUCAAAAAGUUGUCAUGUAGCCCAAAAAGAGAAUCAGUAGCUCAGCAAAUAUACUUUUGUAAAGAGUUCCAUGUUCUUUCUAUAUAAUGCUUUUAUAGCAAGGGGUCAAUAUGCUUUGCGAAAGCCAUUUAGCUAAGCAUUCAUCGCAACACCAAACAGCCAUAGUUCCAAAUCAAAUGACCGUCUUUGCUAGCAUCAGAAGUAGAUACAAUAAAAAUAAAUCCUACAUCUAGUUGAAGAUGAGACAAUCCAUCUACAACCUAACAUCUCAAGCCGCCGCCAAAGCACCUUACAGGCACUGAGAGUAGAAUGGGUUCAGAACCUGGCAAGUGUAGCCGCUAGCGCAUCUGGUAGGUCCGGUCCAGCCAGUUCCACCACACUGGCCGUAGUGUGUCUGGGUGGCGGUGGGGGAGCUUCCAGUGCUGGACGGAGGAGCCCGAGUGGUUGAAGUGCCGGGAGGGUUGCUGCCAGUGUUGCC